GACUUUUGCCAGAGUCUGCUACAAGAGCACCUUCAGCCCUCCUCAUCAGCAAGCCUCGAGAGACGACAGCAACAACAUCCAAGUCUAUGGAGCCUUGGUGUGCAAACCCAGUCUGCUCGAGAAGGAUCAGAUUCAGAAUUGAGUAGUCUGCUGGGGCAGGACGGAGGAAUCGUAGACCAAGAAGCAAGAAUCUUCAAGUUGCUAGAAGACCUUCGUUUGCACAGGCAGGCAGAGAGACGGCUAGAGGAGACAGAGCGAGAGGAUCCAUCAUUUCGGGUAGCUAACCGAGAAGGAACGAGAGGCGAACAAGAGGUUCAGAAUAGGGAGGAAAGAAAUGAGCAGGACGCAGAUGAUCUGGCUCUAUUUGCUGAGGCUUGGCUGCUUCCAGCCCGGAGCUCAAAGAAUACGGACAUGACACGUUCUGCAGACAGAGAGGUUCACAGCUUGGAGGAUAGGAAUAAACUCUUCAACAGGAGACUGUCCGAUCUGUUUGGGGGCCAUUUUCACAAACCACCAGCUUCCCGUUCCAAGGUUGCCGAGUGGCUCAUCUCACCAGACAUCGCUGCUCUCCAAAAUCUGAUGAGGGAGGAGCAGGACAGGGAGGAAAAUAUGCAGCAAACUGAUCAUUAUGUUGAAGAGAAAGAGCUGGAAGAAAGACAAAAGACUGAGGAGGAAAAUAAAAAAUAUCUAACAACUGGUUCAACAGAUUUCGUCUUCGAAGGGGCUGCAGGUAAGUUUGGGUUGGGUGAAGCUGAUGCAGCUUGGCCAAACAAAAGAAAGAUUGUCAGGAAGCCUAAGCGAGCUGAUACAUGGCGGGAGUUACUGAAAGCAGUCGAGGAUGGCGAGGCUUUUGAUUAUAAUCACGAAAAAAUCCUUGAGGCAAAGGAGGCUCUGGAAGACAAACUCGGAAGUGAUGUAAUGGAACUAUGGUCGAAGGGUGAUGAAGGUACAGAGAAGCAGCCUCACGAUCAAUCUGCCAAAGCCGACCCUUAUUUUCAGUUGUGUGUAAAUGCUGAGUCGACUUCUCUUCACCCCAUUUGCAUCACUCCCAACUCGUCAAAUAGGAUACUAGUUUGGGAAGUUGAUCAGUUGAUGUGUCAAUGUCAAUUGCGAACGCACGGUUGCCAAUAG